CCGGCGGCCCGGGGCGCCCCGGCCAAACGCCUGCUCGACUCGGACGACACGGCGACCGUGGCGGCCAAAUGCCCGCGCCUCUCUGAGUGCUCGAACCCCCCGGACUACCUCAGCCCCCCCGGCUCACCCUGCAGCCCGCAGCCCCUUCCCGCCGCGCCAGGCGUCGGCGGCGGAUCUGGGAGUGCACCGGGGCCCUGCCGCAUCGCCGACUACCUGCUGCUGCCCUUGGCCGACCGCGAGCAUGUGUCUCGGGCGCUGUGCAUCCACACGGGUCGAGAGCUGCGCUGCAAGGUGUUUCCCAUUAAACACUACCAGGACAAAAUUAGGCCCUACAUCCAGCUGCCAUCACACCGGAAUAUCACUGGCGUCGUGGAGGUGAUCCUUGGGGAAACCAAGGCCUACGUUUUCUUUGAGAGGGACUUUGGGGACAUGCACUCCUACGUGCGAAGCCGCAAGAGGCUGCGGGAGGAGGAGGCCGCCCGGCUCUUCAAGCAGAUCGUGUCCGCCGUAGCCCACUGCCACCAGUCGGCCAUUGUGCUGGGGGACCUGAAGCUUCGGAAGUUUGUCUUCUCCACAGAGGAGAGAACCCAGCUCCGGCUGGAAAGUCUAGAAGACACACACAUCAUUAAGGGGGAAGAUGAUGCUCUGUCAGACAAACAUGGCUGCCCAGCCUACGUGAGCCCUGAGAUCCUGAACACCACCGGCACCUACUCCGGAAAGGCGGCGGAUGUCUGGAGCCUUGGUGUGAUGCUGUAUACUCUGUUGGUGGGGCGAUAUCCCUUUCAUGACUCAGACCCCAGUGCGCUUUUCUCCAAAAUCCGACGUGGACAGUUCUGCAUUCCUGACCACAUUUCCCCCAAAGCCAGGUGCCUUAUCCGCAGCCUGCUGAGACGGGAGCCCUCUGAGAGACUCACUGCUCCCGAGAUCCUCCUCCACCCCUGGUUUGAGUCUGUCCUGGAGCCUGGGUACAUCGACUCAGAAAUGGGGACUUCAGACCAGAUCGUUCCAGAAUACCAGGAGGACAGUGACAUCAGCUCCUUCUUCUGCUAAUCCCGAACCUCAGAAACCUCAUCAUUCUCACACAUGGCAUUUCCAUUUCUAAAGAUGGACAGGCGUCUCGCGUGUGCCAGCCAGGUCUGUGAUGGCGUGGACAGUUGCUGCCCUGGGCUCCGCGCGGCGUCCCUCGUCUGAUGAGUGACUCUCUGGACCUGAGCAGGUCCCCUCUGACGGGCCGCCCUGGGAAGCUGUUUCCCAUUCCAGAACCCUUGCCACCAUCCCUUUGUCAGAUUUGGGGGUUCAGCAUCUUUUAUGGGUAGCAGAGUAUAGUUAUCCUACAUCGUGUAGUCAAGUGAAACGAACUCGAAUAUUCUUAGGGAGAGGAAGGAAGCCCACCGCACUGGGGCAGUCACCUGAUUCGAACAGGUGACAGAUCAUUUGGGCCAAUAAAGCCUCCAUCUUGGAACUCAUCUUUGGUAGCUAACUUGGCUACCCCAGCUUCUCUGCUCAGAAAGUUCUUUUGGGGUUUGGUUUAAGUCAUCAUUUCCUUCUACCUACAUUUACCGAUGACUGCUCCAUUUUAGGAACACUGUUUCGGGAGCCUGAAGCAGGAGCCCAGGCUUUCUCCUCCACUGCCUGCCAAGACCACAUGCUCUCUGCCUCCUUCUGACCUUGAAACCUCCCCCCUUUAGCUAGAAAAGCACCUACCAGCCAACUGUGCAUGGAAAAGUAUCAACAAAAGAUUUGAACUCUGGGCUAUUUCAGAACUCUGAGCUGAGACAGACUGCAGAUUUUUUUUUUUAAAUCAUUUGAGGACUUGGAAACUGUUAGCUUUUUUGGUUCCCCUUAAACACGUGAUCUUUUAUCCUUUACGUUUUUCCCCAAGACCAUCUCAGGGUGGAGCAUUUUGUCUAGGAGGAGAAGGAUCAGGCAAGGAUGCCCCUCUCUCUCCUCUCCCAAGAGCAAAUGUUCAACACCUUUGUGCUUCAGAGAAAGUGAAUUUUGAAUAGUCUUAGUAGCUGCCAGAUCAACUUCCAGAAUUAUACUCUAACCUCUCAUAGAUCUUGUCUGCCUCUGGCAUUGUGUUUGUGUUCACGGUUUUGCAUGAUGGGUUGUUCAUAUUUCAAAUGUGGUGUGGUUUAUGAGUAUAUUCAUAUAAUCGGCAUCUGGAGUGAAAUAGCAAACCCCAUGUCUUUUAAAGUCAGAAGGGACUUUAAAGUCAUCCAAUCCAACUUCUCUUUCUGCCACCUCCUGAUGCAGAAAUCCCCCACCCUCACUCCCUUCAGCUUCUUUCAUAGGUGGGAGUCCAGCCUCUGCUUGAUUGCUUCCUGAGAUGGGAAACUCACUACCUAUGAAAGCUAGACCUUAACAGAGAAACAGCUACUUGCAUUAAACAAGUACAGAUGAUCUAUCAGUAGCUGUCUCGGACAGUGCUGACAUUAAGGUGGUUAAACGGGUAAACCAAACAUACUGUAUUCUGAGAAAUGGCACAAAAACAGCAGUCAUCUUUCAAGGGCUAUGGCUAGGCUCACUAACUACUAACAUGCAUUGUGAGAAUGCCAUUUAUACCUCACGUACUGUGUACUUUGUACAGAUAUUUGACCUUUUAUACAUGAUGUCCGGUGUUUUUUGUUGUUUGGCUCUGAAGCUUGUUUUGUUGUCUGCGUCUUGUCUGCAUAACCUGCGUGUUUAAGACCACGUGAAAUGUGAAUGAUUAUUGGCAAUAUUACCUUGACGGAAUCAUGGGACUUGGAGAAGAGGGAGGACAGAGGCCUCUGUCCAGCUCAUGCUCUCGUGGUGGCUCCUCUGUAUCUGUGAUACAUGCUGACCCGGCUGAGGACUCCGGACUGGCUGGGCUUCUGCCGGGAAGCUCAAAAACACUAGAUCCUUGUACAUGUGUGUAUAUAUGUGAACAGCGAGACGCUGUUUCUGACUUGUAGAGAAAUUUUAAUAAAUCUGGUUUCAUACAUA